AGUCGCCUAUCACUAGAUGGGUAUAUAUAGCUUCUCCCCAGGAGCUAGAGGUAUGCUGCCUUCCUGCUAACCUGAGUGUGGGUUACUAGCAUCAUGGGGCUGUGGAAAGCAUUUCUGGGGGUGCUCAUCUGGAGCUCAGCUCUUGCUGCUCAGAGAGCACCCAUUAACUCUGUGCUCUACGAGUGCAAUAAAACCAGCAUCCACCUGGCUGUAAAGAUAGACCCCUUGGGAAAUGGACUCCUGCUGGAUCCACAACUUGUGCACCUGGGCAGCUGCCUCUACUCCAUCGACAAUGGACAGGGCUUUCUGCACUUCCAGUACCGCCUGAAGGACUGUGGCUUCUCUCGGCUGACAUCUGGGAACAUGAUUGAAUACUUCACGGACCUGGUCUACAGGCCUUCCCCUGGCACAGGCAGACGCUAUGCCGCCUCCUUCACUGAGAGGAUCAACUGCACUGACUAUGAGGCAGGGCACUUGACUCCUAUCUACAUCUCUUCAGUGACUGGCCACCUGUCUGCCUCUGGAGUGCUAAUGUUCACGGUGACCCUAAUGAAUGUGGACUUCAGUGCCCCAUCAGACUCCAAGAUCUUCUUCCUAGGCUCUCAGAUCCAUAUAGAGUUUUCUGUAAAGAGUUCCUUCCACCAGCCUCUGCAGAUCUUUGUAGAUGAGUGCACUGCCACCCCAACCCCAGAACUUAGCAAGUCUCCCAGGAACUAUAGCAUCAUUGCAAACCAUGGGUGCCUUGUGGAUGGUAAGGUGGCAAACUCCCAGUUCCUGCCCAGACAGACCCCUGAAGCUAUCCAGCUCUCCCUGCAGGCCUUUGAAUUUGUAGGUGUGGACUCUGAUAUCUAUCUCCACUGCCAGGUGCUGGUCUGGGACCCCAGAGUGCUCAUGGAUCCCACAAGGAAGGCCUGUUCAUUUCACAGGGACACCAACAGGUGGGAACUCCUGGACAGUCCCUCUCUGAGCUCUGGCUGUAGCUGCUGCGACUCCCUAUGCCAAGCCACAACCUCUCGCCACAAGAGAGACCUGGAAGGCUCUGCAAGGGAAGGUGGACUUGUCCAUGCUGUUGUUGUUGGGCCCUUGAAGGUGCAGAAACUAGCUGCAAAGACUGGAAGCUAUGAGUGGGACUCAGACGGCUCUCCCGCAAUCCAGAGUCACACAGGUAACUACCCCUCUGUGAUGCCACCUCCUGUUGGUGCCCUGCUGCUGGAAGUUGCUCUAAUUGCUGUAGUGUCCCUGGGUUUCUGCCUGUACAAUGGCCAUCGCAAGAACCCCUGUUUCAGAACCAGGGGGGCUACAAACUCCUGCACAGAGGGGCUGGUUACUGCAGAACAGGAGUGUGCAAGCAUUAAUGCAGAUGUGGAACGAAUCCAAAUAAAACCUUAACAAAUCCA